UUGACAGAUUAGCACGUAUGACAGCUGCAAGCUACAAAAACGCUUACUUCCAAACGGUGGCCGAUUUAAAAAUAAUUUCGUAUUGUUGUGUCAUCGUAGAACUUGAUUGAGAAAUUAAAUUGACCAUUCUAAUGAUUUAACAAACGUUUGUGGAAUAUUAUACCGUAGUUAAAGUUUUCUAACCGGUAUUGUUAAGGAAGUAUAACCUAUAAACCAUGGGUGACUCCGACUUUAGCAAGUUAUUACAGCAAGCUGAACAGCUGACAACAGAGAUAGAAGGCAAUGAAGAACUGCCGAGGGUUGAGCGCUCCUUGGGGCAGGUGUUGGAGGCUUCACAGGAGCUAUAUUCCAAAGUUAUUCAAUCUGGCGCCAACGACAUCCAAGCUCAUUUGCUGUUUGGUUCAAAAGGAAUAGAUUUGCAGCAAAUAUCUCAAAAGCUAGAUACAUUGAGUUCCAAACGCACAUUUGAGCCUCUGCAGCCUAUUGCGGAUUCAGACGUCGAGAGCUUCUUGAAGAAUGAGAGAGAAAACGCUAUAUUAUCAUUAAUUGAUGAAGUCAACAGAAAUGCACUACAAACAGUUGAAGACCAAAAAUGGGAGCACAUGGUCUCAGAAUGGAACAAAGAGAAGAUCAAGCUAAUGAAUGCCAUGAUAGGUCCCUCACAGAACUGGCUCGACCUGAAGCGUACAGCUGAGCCUCCUAGCAUUGCUGAUACUCCCAAGAAAUUUGGACACUCUAUCCUAGAUCCGGUAGAGGUGACAUAUUCAAAGCAGGUCUACCAGUACAAUAAGCUGGUGUUUCAAGGUUCUAAGUCGAGGACACCAUUGUAUCAGAAAUUUGCACAGGUGGCUGAGGAGCUGAAUGACCCGAAAGUGAAAGAGAUGUGGGAAAUUAUAAAGACCAUGGCUAAUAUUCCACUACUAGCAAGGGAGGAGGACCCUUUGAAGUUACGAGGAAACCCCACCAACCAGCAGUUGUUCAUAGCACAAGGGAAGAAGUAUUUGGAAAAGAGGUACAAGCAGUACAUGAGCGAUGUGGUCCGCACGAACCCCGGCGGCGCGCUGCGCGGCGGCGAGCCGGGCACCUACCCCCUCGUGCGGGGCUUCGUCGCCCUGCGGCUGCAGGCCGCGCCCGUGCUUGCAGAUGGCACCAUCGACGACCGUCCUCUCUGGCCUAUGGUGUACUAUUGUUUGAGAAGUGGUGAUGCUACUGCGGCGCUGCAUUGUCUCAGGAAGGCUGGGCGAGACCAUGAAGAGUUUAUUGCGGCUCUGGAGGAGCACAUCAGCAAUCCGGAGAAGGCUCUAAGUGAUAAGCUGCAAACUGCUGUCAACUUCCAGUACAGAAUCCAAGUUCGCAAUUCAACAGAUCCAUAUAAAAGAGCUGUGUACUGCGUGGUGGGCGGCUGUGACCCGAGCGACGAACAUUCCGAAGUAGCUCGUACGGCCGAUGACUACCUGUGGUUGAAACUGGCCGUUAUCAAGAGCGGCUCCACACAGACAGAGUCCUUCACGUACUCCGACUUGCAGAAACUGAUCUUAGAAGAAUACGGUGAAACACAUUACCACGCGUACGAGAAACCACUGGUGUAUUUCCAAGUGCUAACGUUGACUGGACAGUUUGAACCUGCGAUUGAGUUCCUGUCGAGAAUACCAAGAUAUCGAGUACAUGGUGUUCAUAUGGCCCUGGCGCUACAUGACGUCUACAUGUUGGGGACACCUCGCAACGUCCAAGCGCCGCUAUUGUCGGUGGACACGGAAGACCCGCCGCCGCUGCGCCGUCUCAACCUGGCCCGUCUGUUGUUGCUCUACGUGAGGAAGUUUGAGCUCACAGACCCCUCCGAUGCUCUACACUACUACUUCUUCCUCAGAAACUUGAAAGACCCCGAAGGCAAGAACCUAUUCAUGUGCUGUUGCACAGACCUAGCUCUAGAGUGCCGCGACUACGAGCUGCUGUUCGGGCGCUCCGACACCAACACCGGCGUGCGCAGCCCCGGCCUGCUCGACCAGUUCAACAACCCACACAUUGACAGCAAAGUGAUCGCCCUGAAUGUUGCCGAGCAGCUCGUCAACAAAGGCCUGUUCGAAGACGCUAUUACUGUUUAUGACAUAGCUGAGAACCUAGAAAAGGUCCUAGAGCUAUUCUGCAUGCUGCUCCCGCAAGUGCUGGCGGCGGGCGGCGGCGGCGCGCUGCGCGGGCGGCUGGGCGCGCGCGCCGAGCUGCUGGCGCGCCGCCUGCGCCGCGAGGGGCCCGCGCUGCCGCCCGCCCUCGUCGAGGCCUACACCAAGCUGUGCAAGCUGAUUACCUUCUUUGAUCAGUUCCAUGCAGAGAAUUACGACGCUGCGCUGGAGACGCUACGCGAGUGCGAGCUAGUCCCGCUUCGCCGCAGUGAACUAGAAGCACGUGUGGCAGGUGCCCGCGCAGCUCGCGGCGCCCUGCUGCGAGCACUGCCGGCCGUGCUGCGCGCCGUGUGCACCAUCCUCGUGGCGCAGCGCCAGCGCCUGCGCGCCGCCCCGAGAGAGUCCAUGCUCGGCGCGCCGCACACCAACACCGACAAGGUAGGGGGUUCACAUACAGAGGCGCCCUGCUGCGAGCACUGCCGGCCGUGCUGCGCGCCGUGUGCACCAUCCUCGUGGCGCAGCGCCAGCGCCUGCGCGCCGCCCCGAGAGAGUCCAUGCUCGGCGCGCCGCACACCAACACCGACAAGGUAGGGGGUUCACAUACAGAGGCGCCCUGCUGCGAGCACUGCCGGCCGUGCUGCGCGCCGUGUGCACCAUCCUCGUGGCGCAGCGCCAGCGCCUGCGCGCCGCCCCGAGAGAGUCCAUGCUCGGCGCGCCGCACACCAACACCGACAAGGUAGGGGGUUCACAUACAGAGGCGCCCUGCUGCGAGCACUGCCGGCCGUGCUGCGCGCCGUGUGCACCAUCCUCGUGGCGCAGCGCCAGCGCCUGCGCGCCGCCCCGAGAGAGUCCAUGCUCGGCGCGCCGCACACCAACACCGACAAGGUAGGGGGUUCACAUACAGAGGCGCCCUGCUGCGAGCACUGCCGGCCGUGCUGCGCGCCGUGUGCACCAUCCUCGUGGCGCAGCGCCAGCGCCUGCGCGCCGCCCCGAGAGAGUCCAUGCUCGGCGCGCCGCACACCAACACCGACAAGGUAGGGGGUUCACAUACAGAGGCGCCCUGCUGCGAGCACUGCCGGCCGUGCUGCGCGCCGUGUGCACCAUCCUCGUGGCGCAGCGCCAGCGCCUGCGCGCCGCCCCGAGAGAGUCCAUGCUCGGCGCGCCGCACACCAACACCGACAAGGUAGGGGGUUCACAUACAGAGGCGCCCUGCUGCGAGCACUGCCGGCCGUGCUGCGCGCCGUGUGCACCAUCCUCGUGGCGCAGCGCCAGCGCCUGCGCGCCGCCCCGAGAGAGUCCAUGCUCGGCGCGCCGCACACCAACACCGACAAGGUAGGGGGUUCACAUACAGAGGCGCCCUGCUGCGAGCACUGCCGGCCGUGCUGCGCGCCGUGUGCACCAUCCUCGUGGCGCAGCGCCAGCGCCUGCGCGCCGCCCCGAGAGAGUCCAUGCUCGGCGCGCCGCACACCAACACCGACAAGGUAGGGGGUUCACAUACAGAGGCGCCCUGCUGCGAGCACUGCCGGCCGUGCUGCGCGCCGUGUGCACCAUCCUCGUGGCGCAGCGCCAGCGCCUGCGCGCCGCCCCGAGAGAGUCCAUGCUCGGCGCGCCGCACACCAACACCGACAAGGUAGGGGGUUCACAUACAGAGGCGCCCUGCUGCGAGCACUGCCGGCCGUGCUGCGCGCCGUGUGCACCAUCCUCGUGGCGCAGCGCCAGCGCCUGCGCGCCGCCCCGAGAGAGUCCAUGCUCGGCGCGCCGCACACCAACACCGACAAGGU